CCUUCCUGCCCUCUCCCUUUUUUCUAUUUAGUAUUUUCACCAUUAUUACAUCUCUUGAUCAUUCUUCCACCUCUUUCUUUCUUUUUAACUCAUUCUUCUUUGAUCUUCUCUUCUUCAUUAUCAUGGCUCCUCCUUAUCGGGACUCGUUUCCCUCCGAUCACGACGAUCUUGAUCAUCUUCACUACUCGUCUUCUCAUCAUCACCUCUUCUUCCCUAUCGUCACCCCAGCUCAGGCUUCUUCCUCCUCCUCCUCCUCUCUCUCUUUCACUGCCCUCGAUCAUUCCAUGAUCUCCGACGAUCCUCGCUCGGUAGAGCUCAAACACGAGGGUGGUGGGAUUAUGGGUUGUAACAAUGAUCAAAGUAUUGGAAAUCAUGAAGAUCAUAUAGAAGAAACUGGACUAAGGUUUACAAUUUGGAAGCAGAUUGAUAAGAGAGAAACUUCAAGCUGUUGUGAGAAUAAUAAUAACGAUAAUACUCACAAUGAUUCGGUGAAGUGGUCUUCUUCUUCCUCCUCCUCCUCCAAGAUCAAAUUCAUGAUAAAUUCUAACCUGCAAACUGAGACGACUCCCACCAGAACAAUUGACAGCGGUCGAAAUGUCCAAGAUCUCAACCCACCGUCACCGUCACCAUCUUCGAUUGAACAAACGAACAAACGAACAAGCGCAACGACACUACACGAGGGCGGUGCCAUAAUCAGAACCUGUUCCGAUUGUAACACCACAAAAACUCCCCUUUGGAGAAGCGGCCCUAGAGGUCCUAAGUCACUUUGCAACGCAUGUGGAAUCCGACAGAGAAAAGCAAGACGAGCAAUGGCAGAAGCAGCAGCGGCCGCCACGAACGGUGGGGCCGUAGUUUUGAAGACCAACAAGGCGGUACAACACAAGAUAACGACGAAGCCAGCGACGACGAUGACGACAACAACAGCAUUGAAGAGAAAAUACAAAGACGAGGUCGUGGUAGUCAGUGGCCACGGUGGCGGAGACAAGGGCGGAGGAAGAAAGGCGAAACUUUGUUUUGAAGAGAUAAAAAUGGGGGGAAGAUUGAGUGAGAUUUCUUCAUCCUAUCAACGAGUUUUCCCACAAGAUGAAAGAGAAGCUGCCAUUUUGCUCAUGACUCUAUCUUACGGCCUUCUUCAUGGUUAAUUAAUUAAUUAACUAUUAUUAUUAUUAUUAUUAUUAUUAUUAUUAUUAUUAUUAUUAUUAUUAUAUAUUCUUUUUUAUUUUAUUGCU